AUGGGUGGCGGUAAUGCACCUCUUUCGUUGGUUUGCCAAACCGCCAUAAAACACCAGAAGAAGAAGAAGAAGAAGCACUGCAGGUCUGUUCACAGCCACCGUAGAGCCAAUGUGUACGCACGCGCCCGUCUCAAAUCAGCAAUGGCGGCCUCCUUUGGCGUUUGUAGGUUACGUUUCAGAGCUUUAGGGGGGCUUGAUAAAUGUUGUCUUGGACUGGAACCUCAAACGCAAGUAAGAUUCACUUCGACUACAUCAGCAAUCAAAGCCCAGACAGAGAACAAGACAGCGAAAGCCGCCAAGGAGAGUAAAACAUUUCAAACAAUCCAAGAGGAGAGACGAGAAAAAGCUGAAAGGUCUGUUUUGAUCAGCUGUCCGCCUAAGAUAAACGAAAAGAAGUUUUUAGAUUACCUGUCUAAACAUGGGACAAUCAACAAGCAUUUCUUCUACAAUAGCUACGGAGCAAAUGCAGUAGUUGAAUUCUCCAGCAGAGAGAGCAUUGCCUCAUUGAAGGAGAGCACUAAUAUACCAGCUGUUGAACAUGAAGCUUCAGUGCCUUUCAAAUCUCGUCUGCUGUCAUUAAAAUGGCCAGGCAGUCAGUCGAGCAAUCAUCCCAUGCUCAAGUUCAAAGAGCAGUCCCCUCCAUCCUUCAAUGAAAUCACUCAGCUGCUCUCGGAAAAGGACAGUAUAGAUGAACAACUGCAGUGUCUGACAGAGACCUUGCAGCUCACAGAAGAGAACAUCAGUCUGCGCUUCCUUGUUUGUUCUCUGCUUCGAGACAUAGCUGGAGCAUAUUUCCCAGAAUGCAUUAUCAGGCCUUUUGGCUCCUCUGUCAACAGCUUUGGCAAACUGGGCUGUGAUGUUGACAUGAUUCUGGACCUUAAUGGCAUCUAUGCAACAAGCCAGAAAAAGGGCUCUGGACUGUCUCUGGAGUACCAGCUGAAGAGAGGAGCAUCAGAGCGGGCUGUGACCCAGAGUAUCCUCUCAGUCAUUGGGAAAUGUGUAGACCAGUUCGGCCCUGGAUGUGUGGGAGUCCAGAACAUUCUUCAAGCUCGAUGUCCUCUUGUCCGCUUUGCUCACCAACCCUCUGGCUUUCAGUGUGAUCUCACUGCCAAUAACAGGGUGGCGAUGAAGAGUUCAGAACUGCUGUUUCUCUACGGCCAGCAGGACCCUCGUGUUCGGCAUCUGGUGUUCAGUGUGCGGUGCUGGGCUCGGGCUCAUAGUAUCACAAGCAGUAUUCCAGGAGCAUGGAUCACCAACUUCUCUUUAACGGUCAUGGUAGUGUUCUUUCUACAACAGAGGAAUCCUCCCAUACUGCCCACACUGGACCGACUGAAGGAGCUGGCAGGACCAUCAGAUAAGUGUGACAUUGAGGGUAAUGACUGCACUAUUGUCAGUGACCUUAGCAAGAUUACACUGCAGCAGAACACAGGCACAUUAGAGAAACUGUUGCAGGAAUUCUUCGAGUUUUAUGGCAAUUUUCCCUUCAACAAGGGAUCAAUAUCCCAUCGAUCAAUAUCAGGAAGGGAAAGGAGCAGACCAAACCGGAAACGACAGCUUUGUAUAUCCAGAAUCCAUUUGAAACCACUCUAAACAUUAGCAAGAAUGUGAAUGCAACACAGCUAGACCGUUUCGUGGCACUUUGUCGAGAAAGUGCUUGGCUUCUCCAGCAGAAGGAA